CAGCAGGGAAGCUGGACACUUAAUGACUGGUACACACGAUAUUAAGAUAACAACCACUUGUCAGGUCUACUGUUAGAGGUGGUUGGCAAUGGACUCCAACAGUGAGACCAAGAGCAUGACCUCUGACCCCUCUGAGACCCAGAAACUGGAGCCACACAGAGGCACAGGCAGCAGCUGGCUGGUGCUGGUAGCAGCCGGAGCGGCCUCCCUAAGCGGCCUGAUGCUGGGCUAUGAAAUGGGCAUUACCUCUGGAGUCCUGCUGCAGCUGCGGGGCGUGCUCUCCCUCUCCUGCCGACAACAAGAACUGCUGGUCAGCUCCCACCUGCUCGGCGCUCUCCUCAUCUGCCUGGCCGGAGGUCCUAUAUUGGAUCGCUACGGCCGCCGCUGCUCUUUGCUCCUGAGCGCAGUCCUGGUGGUCGGAGGGAGCGUCGUGCUCAUCGCAUCCUCAUCACUCGUCUCCCUCACAAUCGGCCGGGUGGUAGUCGGCAUGGGAACGGCGCUCUCAGGGACAGGAGCGUGUCUGUACAUUGCGGAGAUCUCCCCGAGGGAGAGGCGGGGUUUGCUGGUGACGCUGUACGAGUUGAUGUUGGUCGUGGGUGUCAUGCUGGGGUUCAGCUGUAGUUACGCCUUUGCUACUCUGCCCGAUGGCUGGGCAUACACAUUUGGACUAGUAAUCCCCCCAGCUCUACUGCAGAUCAGUGUACUUGUGUUCCUCCCACCGAGCCCACGCUUCCUGGUUACCCAGGGUAAAGUGGAGCAGGCCAGGAUAGUGCUGGCCAGAUUGAGAGGUGGGGUUCAGGAGAGUGUGGAAAAGGAGCUCAUAGACAUCAGGACAGGACUUAAAGAGGAAUCAGAGCAUAGAUUCUUGGAGUUGUUCAGUACCAAGGCCAACUUGCGUUCACGGCUGCUCACAGGUGUGACCUUAGUCUUCCUUCAGCAGGCCACUGGUCAGCCCAAUAUCCUCUCCUACGCGUCACCCCUCCUCCGCAGCGUAGGCUUCAACAGUGACUCCGCGGCGACCUUGGCCUCCACAGGGUUCGGAGUGGUCAAAGUAGUCGGCACCAUCCCCGCCGUGUUGCUGGUCGACAGCGUGGGACCCAAGAGCUUUCUGUGUGGGGGUGCUGUCGCGAUGGGAAUGUCGCUGGUUGCACUCGGCGCAUUGACACUGCAAAGCCACACUAACCUCACCAGCCUGUGUAAAAGUCACACUAUAUCAAACCACACGCAUACGCCGUGGGAUUUAAACGGAACCUCUAUAGACCUGGAAAACAGUGACCUUUUUUCAACUGACCUCCCCUACCAGUGGAAUGGCGAGGAGUCAGAGCGGACUAACAGAGAAGAGGAUGGGAUCAGGGAGUCAGGAGGAGGAAGGCCGUAUGUAAAGGCUUCUUCCUUAAUGAAGUGGGCGUCACUGAUCAGCUUGCUGGUGUAUGUGGCAGCCUUCUCCAUUAGCCUCGGGCCAAUGGUGUAUGUGGUUAUCAGUGAGAUUUUUCCAAUGGGAGUCAGAGGCAGGGCUGUAUCCGUGGUGUCGGCUGUGAACUGGGCCACUAACCUUCUCAUCUCCAUGACCUUCCUCACAUUUACAGAAAAGAUUGGCGUGGCCAAUGUGAUGUUUCUCUACGCCGCCAUGAGCUUCGUUCUACUGGUGUUCGUCAUCUUCUGUGUCCCUGAGACCAAAGGACGCACGCUAGAGGAGAUAUCCAAAGAGCUGGCUAAGAAGUAAAUGGCAGCUUACACGUGAUCUUAAUGUUGUCAGUGUUUCUAUUUUACUGAUUUGUGAAGUGGAUCGCUUCAGCAGAGCCUGAUCAGCAGCAGUACGUCCACAGAAAUUCCAGAUAAGUCAGACUUUUUAAAAGGACCACAACUAAACACCUCACCUGAAGGAGAGUGGAGAGCAAAAGGCGAAGGAGGACACUACAUUACAUUACAGUCAUCCACACCGAUGGCAAGCCUUCGGGAGCAACUUGGGGUUAAGUGUCUUGCCCAAGGACACAUCGACUGCCGAAGCCGGGUAUCGAACCACCGACCCUCUGAUUGGAGAACUACCUUGCUCUCCACUACGCCACAGCCGCCCCUGUACUAACACUGUUACGACUUUGGGGUACGACUCAUACAUCUCACCCACAUCUGUACAUCCCUGGAUUUCCAGCUCGAUACAUACAGCAUGUAGUAAGAAGGAACUAUAAGGACGUCUUUGUCAUAUAGUCCCUUCUUGCUACAUGCUGUAUGUACGUAAAGGAAGAAAUCAACAGGACGGGGUGGUGGAAAAUUGCAUACAUAGGAAAUAAUUAAAUAAUGGAGAAGUAUAUGUGAAUUUGCUUAAAUGAGGAUAUCUCAGGGUUCACUCUUGCUUGUUAAAAGGCAGAAAUAAAGGUCACAAUGGCAUUUUAUUAUAUAUUUAUAUAAUGAAAUAUAUUGUAUAAUAAUAGUUAUUUAGUCCCCUUCUUUCUUGAUGUUCCGAUAUUGCAUAAAAGGGCAUUUUACCUCAACACUAGGAUAGAAUUGACGCCCAACCAGCCAGCAAAUCUGAUGAAGCCCCUCGAACGAGCGCUCACACUAUACUACUACAGCCUUUUAGUUUUUUUCCAUUUUGACAUGACACUGCGAUGUCAGACAUUAAUUACACUUUCCACUUCCUUACAUCGGACGCCCUUGAUCAGAUCACACCCAUCUCCACUACGCUUAUCACUUCAAAUGUCUGUGUGUGUAACAAACCAGUCAUGCUGCUGAACACACUGUUUACAUCUGUCUACCACAAUCUACAUGGUGACAGAUAUAUGGAUAAAAGCCACAGGUCACUCUUCCUUUACAUUUUAUGGGAACAAGCAAUCAAGACAAUUAGAAUGAUUCAACACAACAAACAAUAACUCAAGCAAAGAAAUAACAAACCUAACAGAUCUAAUAUUAAUAUUGGGUGGAUUUUAUAACCAGAGCUGGAGUGUAAAAAGAAAAGAGUGAUGUUUUUUAUUUUAUUUUUGUCAAUUUGUUUGUGUUACUUGCCAAGAUUAUACAUAGGUGAUUAACAAGAGGGACUUACUUUACUGAAAGAAUGAGUGACUUCUGUGUGGACCUGUUCACAAUUAAAAUUGCACAUUUUAAAAUCUGUACUUUGAUACCUUUUUUUCCACGUUGUAAUAUG